UGUUCUAUCAAGCAACGCUUCGCAGAGUCGCUGCACGCCGCCAAAGAUUCACUGUUUUAACUUAAUUUUACCGCGUGGAUUUCAACUCUGUCGUCUUCUUGGAUGGCAGCAGUGGAAACCAGAGAUGACAGUGGCUCUUCUGAACCUUCAGAAAGCCCCGUAUCGAAGGAAAGUAAAGCCUCAUCGAGCCCCACUCAAAGUGCUUCUUGGUUAGUUGGUGAUGUCGUUUGGUCGAAGAUCCCGGGACAUCCAUGGUGGCCUUCAAUGGUUUCUUACGACCCAAAUACAGCAGUUUCGUUCAAGUACAAAGGAAGAGCAAGAUACUACCAUGUGCAAUUCUUUGGCCAGGAUCCUGUGCGUGGAUGGGUCUCUGAACGAUCUAUUUUGAAAUUUGAAGGUCGACAACAUUUUGAGAGUUCCCUCCAUGGAAAGCAACUCAAAAUUGCACAAAAGCGAGUGGUACAGUGGGAAACAGCAGUUAAAGUGGCAGAAAAAGCAAAGCCAAUGAAUAGACAUGAGAGGCAACUGUGUUACACUUUCAAGUAUUAUGACAAAAAUGACGCGAAACGACUGGACCCCCUGAAAAUGAAAAAGUUGAAUGGUUUUGCAUCACUGCCAGAGCAAGUAAAUGGUUUGAUUGAUGAACAUGCUGAUGAAACAUCUGAUCUUAGACACUCAGAGGCAGGAGAUGCAGAUGUUCUGCUCCUGAAUGGAGUGUCCCAUUGUACAAAUGGGCCAAAUGACGAAAAAAAGAAGAUUGGUAAGGGACGGGUUCAACGUAAGAGGAAACUGACAGCUAUAGCAGCAGCAGCAAAGGCUGCUUCAGGUGACAGUGGCACAAACAAAAGUACUGAGCCACCCAUGAAGAAAAAGAAAAGGACAUUGAAGCAAAAUAAUAUUUUAGAUUCCUCGGGUCAAUUGGAAGAUAACACUGACCAAGGAGAUGUAACAGUUAAGAUUAAUUUGAGUGAUGAACUCCAUCUGAAUGUGUCAGAGUUGCGUGAAAAGUGUAAUGGACUUAUUGACAGUGCUGGUGCUAGCACUCCUCCAAAAGUCAAUGGUGAUGCUGCUGCUUUUGGAACAAACUUGGAUGUGUCACCCAGCACUGCGCUUAAGUUGAAAAUUAGAAAAAUUACACCAAAACAAAACCAGCCAGAAGGGAAGCGGAGAAGAGGAAGGCCAUGUAAGCCGCAGUUUGUUAUUGUAAGUGAGCAAGAUAAGGAUUUGUCUAAUCACUCAAAUGAUGUACAUGUAGAAAACGAAAAGAAGAAGCUAGAUGGUGUGACAGAGUUACCUCCGUCACCAAAGAGUAGUAUUGCUAAAUCACCCAUAAAGAAGAAAAGGGUACGGAAACCUUCCAGUAAGGUUUUAAGUUCUACCAAAGUUGCAGUGUUACCUGUUAAGGAAAAAACACUUGUAAAAGAAAAGACAAAACUAGAUUCCAAAACUAAAAAGGAUGAAGAAAAGAAGAAAGAAGCUUAUGAGGUGAAUGGUGUGGUGGAGAAAGAGGGAAGUGUGGCUGGAAGUGUUACAUCAUCAAGUAUAGGAGAGGAUACAGGAAGUGUUAAGAAUGGAGGAACAUCCAAGAAGGAGAAAGAAGCAGUGUGCAUUGUGUGUGAGCUACAAGACAAUCUGACCUUUUGUGAGGGUAUUUGCGGAAAUGCCUUUCACUUGGAUUGUAUCGGACUGUCCGUCAUACCAAAGGGGAAAUUUGUUUGCGAUGAAUGUGUGACAGGGAAUCACUGUUGUUUUGUAUGUAGACAGACUGGAAAUGUCAAACAGUGCAGUCAACAAUUGUGUACAAAGUACUACCACGAGGACUGUGUUAAAACUUUCAAAAGCACAAAAUUUGAUGGUGAUCGCUUUUAUUGUCCACUCCAUUUUUGUAGUACAUGUGUUAGAAACAAGUCAUCGGUGUCGAGAGGAAGACUGAUUCGUUGUGUGCGUUGUCCCACAGCAUAUCACUUAUCUGGCUGCCUGGUGGCAGGCUGUAUUCAAAUUAGUUCUCAUCUCAUGGCAUGUUCAAAACAUUUCUUACGUGAGAAAAACAAAGCACACCACACUCAUGUCAAUGUGAACUGGUGUUUUGUGUGCUCCAUUGGAGGCACUUUGAUUUGUUGUGAGAGCUGCCCUGCUGCAUUUCAUCCAGAAUGCAUCAGUUACGAGGGUAUUCCUGAAGGACAUUUCUUUUGCAAAGAUUGCACUGAAGGCAAGGAGUUGCUUUAUGGUGAGAUUGUCUGGGUCAAACUGGGCAUGUACAGGUGGUGGCCAGCACAGAUUUGCAACCCACGCGAUGUACCCACAAACAUCCAGAACAUGCGGCAUCAGCCAGGGGAAUUCCCUGUCAUGUUUCUUGGUUCACGGGACUACUAUUGGAUCCACAGAGGGCGUGUGUUUAGCUAUCAGGAAGGAGACAAGGGCUCAACAGACUCUGGAAACAGCAAACACUUGGCUAAGAUUUUCAAAAAAGCCCUUGUUGAAGCAAAGGAGAAAUAUGCAGAAUGGAGGACAGCACAAGAAAAUAAAGCUGAACAGGAUCUACAAAAGAUGUCCAAGAAACCAGCACCUUAUAAACACAUCAAGGUAAACAAGUGUACCACAGCUGUCCGAAUAGUGAUUGACCCAUCAGAACUACCAAUGUGUGACUGUUCACCAGAUAAUGAUAGCCCUUGUGGCCCAGAAUCAAACUGUCUGAAUCGCAUGCUUCAGUUUGAAUGCAACCCAGCAAGAUGCCCUGCAAAGGAAAAGUGUCAAAACCAACGAUUUCAAAAGAGAGAAUAUGCAGACUGUGAGCCCUUGAGAACAUUACACUGUGGCUGGGGGCUUCGCUGCAAAGAAGAUGUUAAGAAAGGCCAAUUUGUAAUUGAGUAUGUUGGAGAGCUCAUCGAUGAGGCUACAUGUCAAGAACGUGUACGGAAAGGAGAAGACAUUACUAACUACUACAUGCUGACAAUAGACAAAGAUUGCAUUAUUGACGCUGGUCCCAUGGGGAAUCUGUCACGGUUCAUGAAUCAUAGCUGUGAUCCAAAUUGUGAAACACAAAAAUGGACAGUGAAUGGAGAGGUUCGAGUGGGUCUGUUCGCCUCACGAGAUAUCAAGGAAGGAGAGGAGCUAAACUUUGACUAUCAGCUGGAUUGUUUAGGAAAUGAAAAGAAGAAAUGCAAUUGUGGAGCCAAAAACUGUAGCAGCUUCCUUGGUGUGAGACCCAAGAACCAGAUCCAGGAGGAAAAAUCUAAAAAGGUGGACAAGAGAAGAAAGAAGAAAAUCAAGAAAGCUGUUGUCAAAGAAGUUCAUGAAGACGACUGUUACAUCUGCGGUGAUGGCGGAGAACUUCUCCUGUGCGACAAGGCAGGCUGUUCCAAGUGCUACCACAGGGAUUGCCUCGGCGGGCCUGUUACAACCCGUGGGAAGUGGAUUUGUCCGUGGCACUUCUGUGAUGACUGCGGUAAAUGGGCCAACGUCCUGUGCUCCGAAUGCCCGAAUUCUUACUGUAGAGCGCAUGCGUCUGGUCAAAUCACAGAAGUAAGUAAUGGUGUUCACGUCUGCUGCGACCAUAUUGUGACGCGCACGAAGACUAUACAAGACAAGGCAUCGGAUAUACGAGACGACAGUGGCGAACAAGAACCAGAAUCCAGCACUGUUGUGGAAUAGAGACAAUUAGUAGACUUUUUAGAAUUUUUAGAAUCUGUUUUAGGUCCAGAAAUAUUUUAGGCAGUUAACUUGCAUUCAAUUGUAGUUUUACGCUAUUAGGAUCAUAUGUUGUGGUAGAAACGAAGAGAUUGUGCAGGGGAUUCGCCAUGUAAAUUGUUUUCCAAGCAACUGGUAGUGUAUCAUAACUCCUUUUUCGUAUUUCUCAAGCGCGUUUCGCUUCGUGGUUUGCAUGUUGAAAAACUAAAGAGCAAAGUUUAUCUGUUUACUACCAUACGUUUUGGUGACCGCUACAAACAACGGGAAUUUUCCCAACGAUUUGACUUGACAUAGAUAUGUUUCAGUAUCUUGUUUGCUUCACUUUUUAUGAAUGAAUACACUCAGUAAUUUGGAUAAUCUGUUUUAGGCCGUUGGAAAUUGUGUAUGCUGCUUUAUUGAAAAUGUCAGACCUGUUCCACUCUGGGAUAGAAAGAAAUCAUUUUUUUAAAUGUUGGUUUUGGAACCAGCCAAAAUUUAUCUUCUGUGGUAAAAACAGAGGCUUUUCAAGGCACACGAAACUGAUCUAAAUGGUUUCAGUUUUUAAAGAUCUGUAUUUCUUUUGAAGUAGUUGUCAGUAUCCCUGGUUAUGAUUGUAGGCAAUUUGACCAGGUUUGUAAUCGUUGUGAUUUUCAUGAAUUCAUACAAACGAUGCACCGGUUGUAUAAAGAAUUGGACUGAAAGUGAACGCCUUGUGUCUACACAUAAAGUGGUUAUGUAGUGUAAAGUCACACCUAUAGUUUAACUCAACGCAGGGAGAUAGUGCUUUCCUCUAUGAAAAAUUUUAUAUUCGAACUCAUGAGCCACCGAAGAAAAAUGACUAAGAAGGCUGUAGCCAUUUCAAUUUGGGUUGUUGUACAGUUUUGGCAAACCACUCGCCAAUUCGAACUUUUAUAUGAGUAUUUAUUUCAGAUGUUAAUUUAUACUGUAGUAGUGUUAGACGUCCUCGCCUCUUUCAGUAUUUUGGAUUAGCAGUUCGUGGCGAUUCUGUCGUGAAGAGUGCGUGGUUUAAGUUUUACUGCAUCAUCAUUCUAAUUAGCUGAUGGACAGCACUUCAGAGCAGAGCUCUGUGGUACGCGUUGCGUAACUGUGCUGUGUGAAAUCGUCAGUCGCGACCAUCCCAACGAAAUAUUGAUCAGUACUUUCUUUAGGAUCCUAAUUUUCAAAGCGUUUUGGCGAAACGAUAAUUUUUGGGUCAAGUGCUUGCUUUUCUUUUCUUUUCUCGUGCAUGAGAAUAGGCUCACGAAAGGAUUGGGAUAUCUUUAUCAAAUAUAACAUUUAGUCCACGUUCAUCUGCGGUUUCUUCCCAAACGCGGCACUAAACUUCAUCGUUAUGUUACUAAAACAUUUGUACAUUUGCAAGUUCUUCAAGUGAGCGCUAUCAACGUAAAGUUGUCUUUGUUAAGUCUGUUCCCGAAUCAGACUCUAAUUCGUAGCAUGUUGCGUGACGAGCAGUUGAUGUCACGCAAUGCCGUGCCCUGGAAGUAAUCACAGACAAAUCGGAAUCUUUAUUUUCAGACGUAAAAUUCUGUGAAAUUGCAAGGAGUGGUUCCACCUGUUGAAAACGCUUCCAUUACUUGAUAUGAUUUUUUUUCAGUAACAUGAUCUUGUUUAGUGAUUGCAGUGUUUUUAAGGUUAAAUUACUUGUCUGAAAUAAAAUUGAAAUAAAAGACUGUGACAACUUCUCUGGAGGUUGUGCUGAUUACAUGAA